AUGGGGAAAGCGGUCCCAUCUUUUUUGAGGAUUAAUUUGGAAGCAAAAUCUUGGUGCAAUCAAUACUGUUGUAGCAAAAAUGCAGUGGAAAAUUCGAUUUACACAUAUUUUCUUAUUGAACAGGUUCUUGUAUUGUUUACUGUGGUGGCAGUUGCCUUCGGUAGCACAGUCCCAUCAUAUAAUACUCCUGCGCCAUCCUACAGUGCCCCUGCUCCGAGCUAUAGAGGGCCUGCUCAGUAUAAUUUUAACUAUGCAGUGAAGGACGACUACUCUGGAAACGACUACAAUCACCAAGAAAAUCGUAAUGGUUAUGAUACUCAGGGAGCUUACUACGUUCUCCUUCCCGACGGCCGAGUGCAAAGAGUUGCCUACGCCGUGAACGGCGACUCCGGAUACGUGGCCGAAGUUACUUACGAAGGUGAGGCCCAAUACUCGGCUUACCAACCUACCCCUUCUCGUACCUACCAGCCUGCUCCGAGCUAUGCAUAA